AUGGAUGUGACUCAAGAGACUAUGAAAAUCCAGAAGCUCCAAGGACCAGAAAAUUGGGCGGUCUGGAAAUUUCAAACCAAGAUUGCGUUGAUAGCCAGAGAUAUCGACAUUGGGACUGCUCAGCAGCAACCCACACCACCAACAGGUACAGGUGACAUUCUACCUACUCUGAUACAGGUAAAUGCUUAUCAAGAAAAACUAAGUAAAUUUAAGAAGAUGGAGGCCAUCGUUCAGUUCGUCAUAACAUCAAGCUUGGGGCCUGAGGCGGUCCUACAUGUGAUGAGCUGUACAACUGCAAGACAAAUGUGGACUAGGCUUCAGGAGGUGUACGAGAGCAAGUCAGACACAAACAUUCAUAUGCUAAAUCAACAAUGGUACACACUAACAAAAAAUGAGAGUGACAACAUGACAAUGUACAUCGCCAAGGUUCAGGAUCUUGCACAUCGGCUAAAACAAAUGGGUGAGGACGUUACAGAUAAACAAAUAAUAUCGAAAAUACUCUUUACUUCACCCCCUGUUUUCAGACAUUUUGUUACGGCUUGGGAGUCAACAGAUGAAGCUGGAAAAACGUUGACAAACCUGGUGGCCAGAUUAGUUACAGAAGAGACGCGUUUAUUUAUAAAUACAACGCCGACAGAUGCGAGUGAGGUACUGGUAGCAAAAGGAGCGUAUCACAAGGAUCACAAGCCCAAAAGAAAGGGCAAAUGCAACUACUGUGGUAUUCCAGGCCAUUGGGAGCGUGAGUGCCGAGUUAAAGCCAGAGAUUUAAGAGAGUCUGGCAGGAACGAGAAGCCGAGGAGGACUAGACAAGAAAAUGCCCUCAUUGAUGUAAUGCUACACGCUGCGACUGGAGGAGACGAGAUACAGGACAAAUGA